GCCGAACAAUUCGCCACGCAGAACCGCUUCACAGCCCUCGGUAUCCGGUAUUCGUCUCACUCACACAAGAUGUUAGCUUCUCUUCCGAUGACUUCAGCUGCGUUGACUGUCGCGCGCACUGCUGUCGGCCGCACAACUCGGGUUCCCACGGUUUUCCGCGCCAACCAGCGUUCGGCUCUCGGGAAAAACUCGUCUUACUUUGGAUUUGGAACUGGAAACAAAAAUACUAAGAACACUCCCAACUCAGACGGUCAACUCGCUGCUGCGACUUCAGUUGAUGCUCCUGUUUGCAUUGUGACUGGUGCUUCCCGAGGAAUCGGAGCUGCUAUUGCGCGUGCUCUCGGUGGUGCUGGAGCUCGAGUUGUAGUGAACUACUCUGCGUCUGCUGGACCAGCAGAGGAAGUUGCAGCUGCGAUCAAGGCAGCCGGCGGUGAUGCAAUCUGCGUGCAAGCUAAUGUUGGUGUUGAAGAGGAUGUGGAUAAACUAUUCGCUGAAACUGUAAAAGCUUUCGGGGAGGUGAACGUUCUGGUAAAUAAUGCAGGAAUCACACGAGAUACGCUGAUGAUGCGCAUGAAGUUACAGCAGUGGCAGGAAGUGAUUGAUUGCAACCUUACUGGCGUAUUUAUGUGCUGCCAGGCUGGGACCAAAGCAAUGAGUAAGAAAAAGCCUGUGAGAGGGCGCAUCAUAAACAUCACUUCAGUAGUUGGCGUCACAGGCAACGCUGGGCAGGCUAAUUAUGCAGCAUCGAAGGCCGGUGUCAUAGGUUUAACUAAAACUAUUGCACGCGAGUAUGCUGGACGCAAUAUUAACUGCAAUGCUGUUGCUCCCGGCUUCAUCGCUUCCGAUAUGACUGCUGAGCUCGGAAGCGCAGUUGAGGCAAAGAUUCUUCAGACUAUCCCACUUGGACGUUAUGGUCAGCCAGAAGAUGUUGCUGGCCUUGUUAAGUUUCUGGCACUGGAUCCGGCCGCUGCAUACAUAACUGGUCAGGUUUUCAAUAUUGACGGUGGAAUGGUUAUGUAAAUUUUUGACCAUAGAUCCAGGUACAAAACUAAAGUGCACUCUCUCACUUCAAAGUUCGGUGUCAGAAAACCUACAUAUUUUUUAUUGAUGUUCGAAGGUAUGUAUUGCAAGUGAACAGAAGCAUGAAGCAUUCAUAUUCUGACGAAAACUCUGAAAAAACUCCUUGAUUGAGCAAUUAUCGUCUGGAGUUCAUCCAGCAAUAGUGCCGGCGUUGAAGCAAUAUUUAGUAUUCAUAGUUUUUUUCUUGAGAUCCGGCAUGAGAAAUAAUAUCUUCGAAGUACAGU